UGCUACUCAAUUAGGUUUUUAGCACAGCCCCACUCUCAAUUUUCCCCCCUAUCUUCCGAAUCUCUGACAGUAGUACCCGCUUGAACACCAGUGCUAUAUAUAGAGAUGGGGACCAAAGCAAAAAAGAAAUCAAUUGUGAAGAAUUUGAAGAAGGCGUCUGCGCAAUUCUCCACUUCCAAAGGCGACAGUCCUGAUUUUGUGCCGUUGGAGGGUGGUCCAGCGCGGAAGAUCCCGAAGAUUGAAGACAGAGAAAAUAAAGCAACUGUGUUGUAUAUUGGAAGAAUCCCACAUGGAUUUUAUGAGAAUGAAAUGGAAGGUUUCUUUAAGCAAUUUGGUACAAUCAAGAGACUCCGAAUAGCAAGGAAUAGGAAGACAGGUAAAUCGAGGCAUUUUGGAUUCAUUGAAUUUGAGUCUCCCGAGGUUGCAAAAGUUGUUUCAGAAUGCAUGCAUAACUAUCUUUUGUUUGAGCAUCUGUUGCAAGUUCAUCUUGUUCCUCCUGAGCGUGUUCAUCUGAAGCUAUGGAAAGGUGUGGCCCACCGGUACAGACCCUUGGAUUGGGUUAAAAUUGAAAGGAAGCAUCAUGACAAGGAAAGGACCUUGGAAGAGCACAAGAAAUUGGUAGAAAGAAUUAUGAAAAGGGACCGGAAGAGGCGAAAGAGGAUUGAGGCCUCCGGCAUCGAUUACGAUUGCCCGGAAAUUGUUGGAAGCAACCAGCCCACCUCAAAGAAGAUUAGGUUUGAUGCAGAGUAGGCUUUCAUGGGAAUCCAGAAGUAUGCAUGCCUUUUUGAGGUUGAAUAUUUGUUUCCUUGCUACUGUUUCCUCUUCGAGUGCAUGUUUAGUAAGUACUAGAUUGUAUUUGAAGUGUUAUGAGCAAGAUUUUAUCUUCUUUUCCCCUUAAAACUUCCAGUACUUGCGAUCUCAAAACCAACCAUGCCACAAGUGUAGAGUAGCCAAAAGAUUAGUCAAAUAGGUGGCUCUUUAAGUAUACUGAAGCUUAUAUCAAUGUUAGGGUACUCCUUAGUUUGGUUAUUGUUGUGAACUUCAUUUGCUUCCUAUCUUUGUAUGAACAGAUUGGAUUUAGAUGAUGUUUAAUUUAAACGGUCAGAUGCAGCUAUACUAGUUAACUUUUGACAACA